UGGUAUCGGGGAUGGAGAGGUUCGUGUUCAAAGGGGUGGCGUCAAACCUGGUGACGUAUCUAACGGACGUGAUGAAGAUGAGCAACUCGUCGGCGGCGAAGACCGUCAGCAGCUGGUGUGGCCUCACUUCCAUGCUGCCGCUUCUGGUGGCGCCGCUUGCUGAUUCUUAUUGGGAUCGCUAUUCCACCAUUUUAGCUUUUGGUUUUCUUUACGUUCUGGGUCUGGUCGCUUUAGCAUCAACCACGUUAGCAAGAACAUGGUCACCAACAAACAUGGCCUCCUCCUUUUUGUUUUGGUCCCUCUACCUCAUCUCCCUCGGCCAGAGUGGAUACAACUCUUCUCUUCAAGCCUUCGGCGCCGAUCAACUCGACCAUGACGACGCUGAACUCACUACCACCAUAGGGAAGACAUCGUCAUCCUCCGACGAAAAGUCGAAGAAGAAGAGCUCGUUUUUCCAAUGGUGGUACUUCGGAGUAUGCAGUGGUAGCCUCCUUGGUGUCACGGUAAUGUCCUAUAUUCAAGACAACUUUGGUUGGGUCCUUGGGUUUGCCAUCCCCAUGUGUGCCAUGGUUUCUUCUGUCUCUCUAUUUGCUUGUGGCACGAGGAUUUAUCACUAUAAGAGAGACGACGAUGAGGAUCGAGCCGAGAAGAGACGGUUUGUGAAGGUGGCGGAGGUAGUCAAAGCCACAGCUUCUAGACUCAUGUGUUGUAGAAAUGUUGUCGCCUUCUCCGGUGAAAACUCUGAUGAUGACGAUGUUGAAUUAGAGCUGCAAGAGAGCAAGCCACUCUGCCAUGAAAGCUCAGGAGCCAUGAAAGUCAUGGAUGACAAGAACAUGAUUCAAAGAGAGAGAUUGUGUGUGCCGGACAAGGUGAAGAUGGUACUGCGGCUGUUACCAAUUUGGACAAUGCUUCUGAUGUUCGCUGUAAUCUUCCAACAACCAGCUACCUUCUUCACCAAGCAAGGCAUGACAAUGGAGCGGAACAUCGGCGCCAACUUCAAGAUCCCGCCCGCUACCCUCCAGAGCGCCAUCACCAUCUCCAUAAUCCUCCUCAUGCCGUUAUACGACAAAGUUUUGAUCCCGAUCACCCGCCUGUUUACCGGUGCUGAGAAGGGCAUCACUGUGAUGCAGAGGAUGGGCAUUGGGAUGUUUCUCUCCACCAUUGCCAUGAUCCUCGCCGCCCUUGUUGAAGCCAAGAGGUUAACAAUGAUAAAAACUGUGUCGUCGUCGUCGUCUGUGCCGCUUAGUAUCUUCUGGCUCCUGCCUCAGUACAUAAUAUUGGGAAUUUCAGACAUCUUCACAGUGGUGGGGAUGCAAGAGUUCUUCUACUCGGAGGUUCCAGUAAGCAUGAGAACGACAGCAUUUGCGCUGUACAACAGCGUGUUCGGUGUGGGGAGCUUUUGCAGUGCGAUAUUGAUAUCGAUCGUGGAGUUAAUGACGAGUAUGGAGGGGAGGCCGAGCUGGUUCUCCGACAACACGAGGGAAGCUAGAUUGGACAAGUAUUAUUGGCUGUUGGCAUUUUGCAGUGGGUUGAGCUUUGUAUUGUAUGUGAUUUGGUGUAAAUGUUGCAGAAACAGUAGGAUCAAUGAAGAAGAAACACAAUAUUGAAUUUGAAUCAAGCUUUGUGAGUGAUGGGUUUUGUAAAUAUUUUAUGUGGAAUGGGAUUGUAAUGGGUCUUUUAUUUCACUGUUUGUUAAAUAGGUAGAAAUGAGAAAGAUUAGAGUUAGAGUA